AUGAGCGCAGCGCCUCUCGAGAACUUCGUCGCCAUCCUCCUGCUCCGCCUUGGCCUCCUCCCGCUCCUUCUACUCCGCCCCCUCCUCCUCACCUCCUCCUCCUUCUCCUCCUACAGGGUGCUUUUCGCGGGAUACAUUCCAGCCCAUCGUGGUGCUUCCCUCACUGCAAAGAUAUGCUUACAUGGAGAUCCAGCCUGGUUACAGGCGACGGCGCCCGCUCGACAGUGGGCCAGUUCCUUGUGGAGAAGUUUGACAACCCCCACCUCCAGCCCGUCGAGCUUCCGUGAGCACAUCCGAGUGUGGCUUUCUUUGGAGGCCCUCAACACUGACAGCGACCUGGAGCCCGAAAAAUGGAACACCUCAAACAAGGACGUGGACAUCGGAUUCUCCUGA